GUUUUAUUUUAUUUCUUUUUAUCUUUAUUUGGAGAAAGACAUUGUGUUGUACGCCUAAAUGUAUAUAAACUGCGGCUGGUAUUACGGUUACCUGUGCUAUUGCGUGCCAGAAACAAAUAAUCUGCGUGUUGCUCUUUAAUUUUGUUUUCUGUUUGUCCUUUUUCUUUUCUUGUUUGUCUUCUACAAGAGUUGCCGAUGCAAAGGCCAGUCCAGACACGGCCUUCGCAUACUGUCAUACAGGCCUGAUGGAUGUGACGUCACUGACGUCAGUGCGACUAGGCCAUCCGCGUCUACUGGGUGUGCCGGGAGUGUUGUGGAACUCCGCCGUGGUCUUGUUUUAAGUGGUUUUAGUGCACUCACUAGGCCUUCUGCCAUGCCUUACAAGUGUUGCGUUCCUUUAUGUAAAGGAAAUUACAAAAGUGGGCCAAAGGUGUGCUUAUUUUCAUUCCCAAAAGAAGAGAAGCUUGCGCGGGCUUGGCUUCAUGCUAUCAAGCAAGCAGAUUCCACCCCAACCAAAAACACCAAGAACAUCAUGGCUCCCACAAUAUCUAAGCGAGAACUUCUGGACAUCCAGGAGCAGCAGAGGAGAUUUAUAGGGGAGGCUGGCCUGCCUGCAAAGAGGAAGAGAAAAAAUAUGUAUGAGAAUCUCAAGGAAUGGAUGAGCGAAGGAGGUGAGAAUAACCCACCUGGGUAUGAGGCAGUGCUACUUGUAGAGGCCCUCAAUGAGCCAUGUGCAUCACCCCAGCAACCCUCGACUCCGAACGGCCACAAUCCGUCCAAGCAACUGCCCCAGAACACCACUGCCACCCAAACUGAGGUCCUCUUAUGCAGUGAGGCCUCCAGCAGGUGCUUCAUGGAGGGACUGGGGGUGAUUGAGCAGCCACCCAUUGCCUGCGACAAAACUCUCUAGAGUGUUGGCAUGUCAGAGGUGGUGCUUAACUGGAGGCUGGUCCAUCCUCACAAGGAACAUCACCUGGGAUGGGUACAGAUGACAAGUUCCCUAUGUCUGAUGGAAGACGGCAAGUUGAUGUGGCUGACAGGACUGGAGUGUGAGAAGGUCAGCUCUUGUUGGCGCAGACUGCUCUUCAGGAUGGCCAGUGACUCCAAACCAGACCAAGCACAGAUUUUGUGAGUGACCCCAAGGAGGUGGAAGAAAUGGAGGAGGUGGAGGAGGAGGAGCAUCAGAGGGUGUUUUGUGCCAUUGGAAGCUCAGAGGUGGACAUCCUGGUGGUGGAGGAUGGACAGCUUCCUCUGGUGGUGCUUGAGCUAAAGGACGGCAAGUUGAUGUGUCUCACAGGGCUGGAGUGUGAGAAGGUCAGCUCUUGUCGGCACAGACUGCUCUUCAGGAUGGCCAGUGACUCCAAACCAGACCGGGCACAGAUGUAAGUACUAUCACUAUCACCA